CAGUAUGUGGGCACAGCAAGGGUGUUUUCUAUCUCAGGACGUGACCUUCCAUCAGAAUUGGAUUACAACAGGGCGGGUCCGACCACAGCAGUUGCUUUGAGCUGAGAACAGAGCGCUGGCAAGCAGCAGACCGAGGAUCACACCCUUCUCGGGGAAAUGUGAAGGGGAUUCCCCUGCGUUGUGCUGAAAUAGGCUGCAGUUGUUCAACUUUCGUUUUGCGACUUCCUUUCCACCGGCGUUUACAUGGGAAACGAGCAAAGCCAUAACCCGGGUCCCGCUCUACAGAUGGAUCAGAUGGAUCUCGGGGGAUCAGAGGAUUUCGAUUGUCCCGUGUGCCUGCAAGUCCUGGAGAGACCGGUGCGGACACAGUGCGGACACGUAUUCACGGUAAACGGCAGGAAAUGUCCGUUGUGCCGGGGACUGAUUUCUCACACGGAGCCAGUCGCCACGGACAUUGAGCAGCAGAUGAUGUUCAAGAAAGUGAAGUGCCAAGGUUGCAACACUGAGGUGUUCCUGAUCGACAUGAGGGCGCACACUAGAAUCUGCUCAAAGUAUCAGGAGGAUUUUGGCUGCCUGACUCACACCCUCCCUCUGCCUCCAGCAAGAUGUGCCUUGCCCAGUUACGUUCAACCAAUCAGGUCAACAGAACCACGGCCAAACAGCGAAACAUACACUUGCCCAUAUUGCCAGCAGAGGAACUAUGAUGAUUUUGGUUUAGCUGAACACUGCAUAACAAGUCAUUACUUUGACCAUCGGCGUGUGGUCUGUCCAAUCUGUGCAUCAAUGCCCUGGGGCGAUCCAAGUUACCACAGCAGGAACUUCAUUGGUCAUCUUAUGCUGCGACACCAGUUCAGUUACGAUUACUUUGUGGAUUAUCAUCAAGAUGAGGAAGGCAUGUUGCAAAAUGCCAUCUUGAAUUCAUAUCAGGACAUCUUUAGAAUUCAAGAUCAGUAAUCACUUCCAGCAUGAGAUUAGUCACCAGGGAAAAAAAAAAUCUUGCUUUUCUACACUGAAGUCACUGCUUUGCCUUCUAGCUACACAUUCUUAAUAGUGAAUUCAUAACCUGUCAUUUGGUUCAAAUGCAGGUGACUGAUAACUUUUUCUAGUUGAAGACAUUUUGCAAUAAUCACUCUGAGCUUUAAAAGCACAAAAAAAAAAUUGUCCAGGACUGAACAACUAAUUCACAUUAUGAUUGAAAUUUAACUUCAAAAAGACAGUUUCAUAGAUGUUGUUGUACAUCUCAUAAAUAUUCACCAGUGUUUAAUAAAGCUAAUUAAAUUAUACUAUCAGUGGCUCACAUUUCACUUCCUCAUCACCUGAUUAUGUCACAACAUCAAGCAAAGAGCAAGCUCACAGAGAACCCAAAUGCAGCACACCUGUACAAGACUGGAGUCAGGAUGCUUCCUCAGAACCAAACACAGGCAGCAACCAGAAGGAAUCUUGCCUUGGUGCUCUGAGGCAGAGUCCUGACACAGAAACUGGAUAUCCUAGGGGAAACUGCAAAACCAGGACUGCUCUAGAGUUGCCAGAUCUAAGCAGUCAGGAGUCAAAGUAUACCCAAAGGUUGACCAGUACUCUGGCAACUAGUGCUAGUGAAACCAGGGUUCUUAUGCUAGGCUCCUGAUGGGGCUUAGGUGUGUGUCAUUAUUGUGAUUUAGUAGUGCUUGGUGGAAAAAAUUAGGAGUGGCACUGUUGAUCCUUCGCUUCAAUUUGAAGAUAUUUGGAGUCCAUUUAUUCAAUAUUUUCACAUGAUGUAGAUCCCCUUUCAAUAACUUUCCAACUUGGAGGAACGGACUCGACGACAUAAUAUCUCUGCUUCUACUGAGAAAUUUUAGCCCAGUUUUUUUUCCCCCUUUUUUUUGUUGUUUGUUUUUCUUUUGAAAAGUUUUGAUUUGUUUAGUUUAUAUUGUUUAUAAUUUUUUUUUAUUGAUUUGGGUUUCUCUUAAAAUUUAUGUAAUAAAUCUUUUUCUUUCCUUUCUUUUAUAUUAUAUUCAUUUACUAAGAGAUCGUUGGAUCUACAGAUUUUGUUUUAUUUUAUUGUUCUUUAUGGUUAUAUAUGCUAUGAUUGUUAUC